AUGGCUUCAGCUCGGUCUAUCCUCUUGUCGGCUUUGCUGCUGGCACCUUCUAUCCAUGCUCAAAACUUUGGUGGAUCCGGGCGUGAUGCCGACGCCUUCAGCUAUGUCCAGCCAUUGAACACAACGAUUUUGGGACCUUAUGGCCACGUUCCGGCAGUCUAUCCGUCUCCCAACGCCACGGGAGCCGGUGGCUGGGACGAGGCACUGGCCAAGGCUUUGGCCUUUGUCGCUGAACUGACGGUCGAAGAAAAAGCCUGGAUGGUAACGGGUGUUGCCGGUCCCUGCAUCGGCAAUAUCGCCCCCAUCCCUCGCCUGGGCUUCACGGGACUUUGUCUUCAGGAUGGCCCCCUGUCUGUCCGAGCCACAGACUACGCCAGUACCUUCUCCGCUGGCGUCUCGGCUGCGGCUACAUGGGAUCGUGAUAUCCUCUACGAACGAGGUUACGCACUGGGUGAAGAGUUCAGGGGUAAGGGCGCACAUAUUGCCCUGUUGCCGGUUUGUGGACCUCUCGGUCGAUCAGCCUACUCGGGACGCAACUGGGAAGGCUUCGCGGCGGAUCCCUACCUGACGGGUGUUGCCAUGGAAGAGACCAUCAAGGCCGUCCAAGAUAAUGGUGUACAAGCGACAGCCAAACACUACAUUGGCAACGAGCAGGAGACUCAGCGCAACCCCAGCGGGUCGGCAGAUGGCUUCACUGUGGACCAAGAGUCCUUGUCUGCUAACAUAGACGAUCGCACAAUGCACGAACUUUACCUGUGGCCUUUUGCCAACGCCGUCCGCGCCCGAGUCGCCAGUGUCUUGUGCUCUUACAACCGGCUCAACGGCACUUACGCAUGCGAGAACUCCAAAGCCCAGAACGGCAUCCUCAAAGAAGAGCUCGGUUUCCAGGGCUACAUCAUGUCCGACUGGGGAGGUGUCCACUCUGGUAUGUCCUCUAUCGAAGGCGGUCUCGACAUGAAUAUGCCCGGUGGCUUGGGCACCUACGGCCAGUAUUGGGAUGCCGGCUCGUAUUUCGGAGACAACGUCACGCUGGCUAUCAACAACGGUACCCUGGACGAGACUCGCCUCAAUGACAUGAUCGUCCGUAUUAUGACCCCCUAUUACCACCUGGGCCAAGACAGCGGUUUCCCCGCCGUCGACCCCUCAGGCGGUGAUAUCAACACCUUCUCGCCCAAAUCCACCUGGAGAAUCGACUUCAACCUGACCAGCGAAAGAAGCCGUGACGUUCGUGGAAACCACGGAGAGCUGAUCCGCAAGCACGGCGCCGCCGCCACAGUCCUCCUCAAGAAUGAGAACAAUGCCCUGCCCCUGAAAGCCCCCAAGUCCAUCGCCAUAUUCGGCAACGACGCCGGCGACGUGACCCAGGGUUUCCUGAACCAGGUCAAUUACGAAUACGGCACCCUCCAUGUCGGUGGUGGCUCCGGCACUGGUCGACCUACUUACCUCGUCACCCCCCUUGAGGCCAUCAAGACCCGCGCGGCGCAGGAUGACGCCCUCGUCCAAUACUGGCUGAACAACACCUUGAUUACCAGCUCCGAGAUGCCUGAUCUCUGGAUUCCCAAGCUGCCCGAAGUUUGCAUUGUUUUCCUCAAGACGUGGGCUGAAGAGGGAAGUGACAGACAAAGCCUCAGCGUUGACUGGGACGGCGAGGAAGUCGUUGCCUCGGUGACCAAAUACUGCAACAACACCGUCGUUGUUACACACUCCUCGGGCAUCAACAUCCUCCCCUUCGCAGAUAACCCCAACGUUACCGCCAUCCUCGCCGCCCACUACCCUGGCCAGGAGUCCGGAAACGCUCUUGUUGAUGUGCUCUACGGUGACGUCAACCCCUCAGCUAAGCUUCCCUACACCAUCGCUUUCAAUAGCAGCGACUACAACGCCCCGCCCACCACGGCCGUCAACACCACGGGCGUUUACGACUGGCAGAGCUGGUUCGACGAGAAGCUCGAGAUCGACUACCGCUACUUCGACGCCCAGAACAUCAGCGUGCGCUACGAGUUCGGCUUCGGUCUGUCUUACACCACCUUUGACGUCGCCGACCUCGCAGUUGAGCCCUUGGCAGCUAACAUCACCGCCGAGCCCGAGGCCCUGGAUAUCCUGCCCGGUGGGAACCCGGCGCUCUGGGAGACACUGUAUAAUGUUACUGUGUCGGUGAGCAACACGGGCGAGGUCGAGGGCGCUACCGUCGCACAGCUUUACGUCGGCUUCCCCGACAGCACACCCGCGGGAACCCCGCCAAAGCAAUUGAGAGGUUUUGCGAAGGUUAACCUCGCAGUUGGUGAGAGUAAGCAGGUGGGCUUCGAGUUAAUGAGGAGGGACCUGAGUUACUGGGAUGUCGUUAGGCAGGACUGGAUCAUCCCCAGCGGUGAUUUCGUGCUUAGUGUUGGUCUCAGUAGCCGAGACCUGAGGCAGGUGGGAAGCGUUACUCCUAUUUCUGCAUAA